CUACCACUGGAUGCUGGACAUCAAGGAAAAACGAGAGAAACCAAAGGGUGGCUGCAACCUUGUGGAGCUAUAUAGUGCAGCCAAGUUUCUGAAAAUCGAUGAGUUGCAGGAAUUUACCUAUAUAUGCUUCAAUGAGAGCUGGAAUUCCGGCAGCCUAGCUUUUACACUUUUUCUAGAGGCUCAGAAAUUUAAGAUUCGUCUGAUUCAGUUUCUCAUGUUGUGUCGUAUUAAGGAAUUCUUUCUGACUUUGGUGGCCUCCAAGGAAUUCGUGGAACUGGACUUUUAUUGGGUUCGAAAACUCCUAAGUAUGAACAAUGUGGGCGUGAAUAGUGAAAUUGAGAUCUUCAUGAGUGCAGUUCGCUGGCUAAGUCAUCAUUGGUCGGCCAGAAAGAUUCUGAUGGAGGAGCUAAUGGGCUGUGUGCGUUUCUGCCUACUUCCUCCGAUUUUUCUGAGAUUUCUGCAGCGGGAACAGAAGACCCUGGUGUUGAACAGCAUUUGCCAAAGUCACAAAAUCCAGGAGACAGUUAGCAAAGCCUUUGUGUGA